AUGGUUAAAAAUACAAAAAAGGCAAGUAAACUUUCACCUGCGAAAGAAGUCACCCCAAGUACAAAUGCAAAGCCAUGGCCUAAUCUUCCUCCUCAACUCAUCAGCCUAAUUGCAAUACAACCAAGUCUAAUGCAAAACAUCACUGCUUUUGGUGGCAUCGCCAAGACAUGGAGGGCAGCCCCAGGGUGCUAUAGGAAGCUGAACGACAGACCAAGAAUGCCACAGUUUGUUGAAAUUAGUGCUGCAUAUGACAAAAGGCCACAACAUUCUCACAAAAUCGACGUCUCAUUUCAUGAAAAGUACUUCUAUUUCUACUACAAAAGAAGAUCGUACCAAUACCGGGAUCCUUGGAUAUAUUUCAAGGGGUAUUCCCAUGGACAACUAGUGGCUAUGAGUGGCGAUUUAUCUGAAUGCUGUUUAUGGGAGCCAGAAGGAAAGUGUACGCGUUAUCUUCCACGCUGGGAUUGCAAUCUUCCCUUUAAGUUUGCCACAUUAUCGUCAUCACCGAAGGAUUGGGAGUUCCCCACUAAAUAUACCAAAUUAUCAUCACUACCGAAGCAUCACUAUGGUUGUAUUGUAAUGGUGCUAACAGGCAUUUGUUCUCCAGCUUUUGCAUUCUUCAGACGGGGUAAGGAUCAAAAAGAAUGGAUUGUCGAAAACUGCACACUAAUUGAACCAUACGCUUCAAGCCAACGUAUGCAAUUCACUAAUGCUAUUGGAUUUCAAGGAAAAUUUUAUGCACUGAGCCUGCAGGGAAGUCUAGCAGUUAUAGAAGACAUUGAUUCUGGUUUUCAAAUAACAGCUACUGGUGCAAACAGGACCGUGCCUUCUGUAGUGUCAAGGCAAUUCCGGGAGUAUUUACUUGAAUCGAAUGGAGAAAUCUUUUUGGUGUUCCUAAUAUCGAGAAAAUCAAUCAAUGCAGUGGAUGAUGUUGAAGUUUUCCAACUUGACAUUCGCAAACUAUUGUGGGUUAAGGUCGAAAGCCUUGGGGAUAUGAUGUUUUUCGUGGAGGACGAAUGCUGUAUGAGCCUGUCUGCAAGUAAAGUAGGAUGCAGGGGCAAUUGCAUCUAUUUUACUCAUCGUCGAGUCAAGGAUUGGUGGGUUUUUGACAUGGAAACAUGUUGCAUCUCACCAACUUCUGGACCUAGUAUUGAAUUCACAAAAUCCCCAAUGUGGGAUGAACUAAUGGAACAGUAA